UCCUCUUCCUAGUAACGCGCGCCCACCGCCCACGUUCCUCCUUCCCUGCCCACCCAGCAUCUCCGGGCGCCUUUGCAAAACCGAGGGCUGCCCACAUCCCGCCCCUCUCCGCCGAAUCCAGAAAAUGCACAGCAAGACCCUUGUUGGGCGUGCGCGCGCACGCACCCUAGGCCAUGCACACCGCCGAGGCACAGACUGUAUAUACGGCGUCUCCGUCUCUAAUGAAUGAGCCUCUCGCCGAGCCCCUCCCUUUCAGCCUUGCCGGCAACCUCCAAACGGGAAAUCCUACUUUUCCUCCCCCGCCCCAGUUAUUCCGCGGCUCCCUGACCGACCUCGGUUUGGGUUAAAGGGCUGCCGCAGCUGUCUCCGCCCCCCCCCCCCGGCUUUCAUCUCCUCCUCCUUCCUCCGUCUAUUUCCAGAACGGGCGUCCUCUAGCGGCUUUGCUUCGGCCAGCCGCACCAGCUCCCGCCGAGCCGGGCGAGGAAGGCGGCGAUCGUGGAGCUCAACUUGGGCGCCCGCCUGCCCGCCCUUCGCGCAGUACCGGCUACUCCGUCCGGCAUCUCCGUCCUCCAGUGCACCGUGAACUAAAAAAGUGAGAACCACUGCUCUAGGCCCUACCCUGCCUCCUAAAAGCCCUGACGUCCAGCUUCCAGCCCCAAUCUCCAUACCUCCUGGAAAAUUCAGGAGUCCUGAUGUGCAGCUCUCUGCCAUAGAUGCCUUAGUCCUCCUAGAAUACCCAGGAAUUCUGUGUCCAUUUUGGAGAAACACAGCAGAGCCCCGCCCCUGAAGUUAAAAGGAAGCUGCCCACGUAACCCAGGAGGGUGGCAACAGCAGUGCUACAAUUCCUGGGCCAAGCAAUUUCAUCGAGGAUUUAGAAAACGGCCCCCUCCCACCAUGAAGAAACCCCCCAAGGUCAGCUGGGGAUGUGAUGUUCCACCCAGGCAUUGUAAAGCCAGCCAAAACCACUGACCCUCCUUGGCAGCCACCUUCCAUCUCUGUAGAUUGCUCCCUCGUACGUCCAGCAGAGUGCGCCACUGCUCUCACCCUGCCGCUCCCCCAAUUACUACACAUGGACCUAGCAGUGCCCCGGAUGGCAGAUUUGAUGCCCUACUUCCAGCUUGCAGCUGCUCACGUGCGGACUCGGAUCACCAGGGACUUGGCAUUGGCAUCUUGCUACCCUACUGCCUGGCAUUGAUCUGGACCAGUUGGCAUCCUGGAUCCAGCAAUACUGAAGCAAUCUGACAAUCACCCCUUGAACCAGUUUGCAGGCCAGGGUUACCAGAUCCUUGCCUGGAGAGGAUGACUAAACUUUGGCGCACGAAAACAUCAAGGCACCAUGUCGGGAGAUUAUGAUGAAGACAGACACCGCAGGGCAAUGGAGCUUCUUCAUGUGCUAUGUUCCAACACGUGUGCCGCCCAGGAACGCGAGAAAUGUCAGGAACUGACAGGCCAUGUGGGUCCCAUCAACUCAGAAAUCUUGGUCAGCCUUCUGUCGGUGAUUGUGACCUUCUGUGGGAUUGUGCUCCUGGGUGUCUCCCUCUUCGUCUCGUGGAAGCUUUGCUGGAUCCCUUGGCGGGACAAAGGCUCCUCUUCACAAGCCCAGCGCAAGGAGCACCCCCUCCACGCUCACCUCCACCACUCGCCUUUUGGGGACCUCCUGGCCGAGCGGGUGGAGCUGGGUCCCGAGAUGCCCGAGAGGUCUUACCUUGAUAUGGACUCCUACCCUGAGGCCAACCUCAAGGUCAGCCAGACCUCCCCUGACCUCCCUGUGGAAGGCCAGACCAGUACCAAGGAAGGCACCAUUCCCAAUGCCCACUCCCAUCAACAAGUAGCAAGCUUGGCACCCACGCCCAGGUACAAUACACUGCCACGCCCCGUGACCCAACAGUUGAGCAGCCCAGACACAGGAGUCCAUGGCGGGGAGGAGAAGGUAGAACAAGUGACUAGCAUUGGGCAGAUUAAACCCGAAUUGUAUAAACAGCGCUCAGGCGAGUCGGACUCCAAGAAAGGGGAGGCCGCGAGUUGUGGGCGGAUCAGCUUUGCCCUGCGCUAUGCCUACAGCACGGAGCAGCUGGUGGUGAGGAUCCUCCGGGCCUUGGACCUGCCUGCGAAAGAUGCCAAUGGCUUCUCAGACCCCUAUGUGAAAAUGUACCUAUUGCCUGACCGUAAGAAGAAGUUCCAGACCAAGGUGCAUCGCAAGACGCUGAACCCUAUUUUCAACGAGACUUUUAGCUUCAACGUCCCCUUUGCUGAGCUGCCCUCCCGCAAGCUUCACUUCAGUGUCUACGAUUUCGACCGCUUCUCCCGUCACGAUCUCAUCGGCCAAGUUGUUCUAGACAACCUGCUGGAGAUUGCGGAGCGGGACAAUGAUGCUCCCCUCUGGAGGGACAUUAUGGAAGCCAGUUCGGAAAAAGCAGAUCUGGGGGAGCUGAAUUUCUCCCUCUGUUACCUGCCCACAGCAGGGCGUCUCACAGUCACCAUCAUCAAGGCCACCAAUCUCAAAGCCAUGGAUCUGACUGGAUUUUCUGAUCCCUAUGUCAAGGCAUCCCUCAUGUGUGAAGGGAGGCGGCUGAAGAAGCGCAAGACCUCCAUCAAGAAGAACACACUCAACCCCAGUUACAAUGAGGCCCUUGUCUUCGACAUCCCCCAGGACAGCAUGGAACAUGUCAGCAUCACCCUGGCGGUCAUGGAUUAUGACUGCAUUGGGCACAACGAAGUCAUUGGGAUGUGCCGAGUGGGCAGUGACGCUGAUGGACCUGGGAGGGAUCACUGGGCUGAGAUGCUGGCAAAUCCACGUAAACCCAUUGAACACUGGCACCAGCUGGUAGAGGAGAAGACUUUGAACAGCUACAUCAACAAGAAUCCUCCAGCACGGGACAAACCCAGCAUCGUAGUAGAAAGCAUUCAUUCGGACUAAGGCAACCACCACCAGCCCUCCACCACCAGGGACUGGAUCCAGUGUUGUGCGCUGAGCCUCAGAACUUUCUGGACGGUUGUUUCCUCUGCCCCACCCUACAGGAACUGCCGGCGGGGGGCCAUCUGAGGGUGGGAGGCAAGAUUCUGCCCUUCCUCAAUCCCCCAGGAAGUCGCUGCCUGUUGCAUUUUUCUUUCCAAAGCCAUAAAGGCAGCCACCAAGGAGCAUUUUUCAUGCAGGGAGGGUUCACAUUGGGUGUCUAGAAUGGAAAGACACUCCCCCUUUUCCCUAGUCCCUUUUUACCUGGUGGGGGUAGGGGAGCAGUGACCAUUGGUGACAAGCAUGUUUUGGAGUCUUUAUUAUGAUAGAAUGGUCAAGUUGGAGCUUAGGCGGGUCACCUUUCUGUUCUGACUGAGGUUCUGUAUCUUUAAUAAGCUGGAGGACAGGCAGAAAUUCAGUAGGUGUUCACAAAACGCACAUGUUGGGGAGGCGACUGCUCUAUUGGAGUUCUGACAUCAAAAGCCACGGGGGGGGGAUCUUUAACUGACUCCCAGAUUUAACUUUCUCCCCUCUCCUCUUUCCCCCAUCCCAUAUAUGGGAUUUAGCUCUCCUUCCAGCUAUGAAUUUAGGACAAAAUGACUGUUUACCCUGUGCUGGGGAAUGAGUUGGGUUUUUUUAAGGUCUCUCUCUUUUACUUAUUGGUAGGAUUGGGAAUGUUCUUUCUGCUGCCCUAUGAGGGGGCGGGUCCUUCAUUUUGCCAGGAUGCAGGCCGGGCCCUUUGCUCCAAUCUGCACUGACCUCUAACCGAAGCAGAGGAGGGAGACUGGGAGACUUUACUUCCCUCCCUCCACUGCCCGGAGAGUUGCGUAUGCCCUCCCAGUCAUGUCUCCCUGCGCCUCGCCUCCCCUCUCCCCAGCAUUGAGCAAGACCACAGCAUCUCUCCACGCAACAUUGGGGGAGGGCUUGUGUCAUCUAAAGGCUCCAUGAAGGACAGCGUUUGAGGCCACAUUUCCUCCUUGUUUAACCUGGAUUUGGACCUCCCUGAACUUCCAACAUAGUCAACCGAUUCUGGACUCUGUAUGUGCGUGUGUGUUAAGUGUAGGGGGGUAACAGUGUCCCUCUUCCCCUCCUUCCCUAAACCUUGUUUAAUUUUGUUCUUCUGUGGUUUGCAUGGUUGCCCUUCACCCAGUCGGGGAGGGUGACUGUUUCCCAGAUUUAAACUGGGAGAGUGCCUGUUCAGAGAACCCAGGUGUCCUAAUUCUGUCCAAUGAAAAUCCUGCUUGUGUCACUCUUUUCCUGACUCUCCCCCCCCUUUCUUCUUGUUUGGAAUGUCAAAAGUUUUCCCCCCUCACUCUCCUUCUAUGCGCCCCCCCUUCAAACGCACGUCUGUUUGUCAUUUUGUCUUUGUCCUCUGUUUUUUGAUCUUCUGUCCUGUUCAUGGUUGGUUGGGUUUUUUUUUUUAAUAUAAAAAGUGUGUGAAAUGAAAGGAGGGGGGGAACCAAACUAGAAAAACAGCCCUGCUUCCUAAACUUCUGUCCCCCUUUUUUUGGAAAAGCCAUAUACCUCCCCUCAUUGCUCGGGUACCACCCACCCAGUGUAAGUGGGGGAGGGGAGGGGGCCGGAAGGUAUUCUCUCUCUGCAAUAGGUUUGGAACUUGAAGCUGCUGCUAAAGAAGCCGUGACAUCAAUAAAACUGGAUAAAAACACAA